UGAAAGAACAUUUUUCCGCUAGCGCGUAUGUAAACAUACAAUUUUUUAAUAUAUAACCGAUUUGGAUAUACUGUUUGUGAUAAAUUAUAUAUCUAUAUAUAUAUUGAAAGCAAUUUUUAGAGCGCGGGUGUGUAUGAAAAAUUAAAAGCUCAAUACAAAAGUGCACUGUAAGAAUUUUCACAAAAAUAUAGCAAAGCAGAUGGUGAUUAAUGUCGUCGUUGAAUGUCGAGGCCACUUGUGAAAGAAUUUACAUACAUACUCGUAUGUAAGCGCAAAAAGGAUCGUUCAAAGUGGCAAAAGUAAGAAAUUAUUAGGCAUUGCGAAUACGUAUGCAGUUCGGCAACAAGAAUAAAAGUUUCUGUACGCCGUGGUCCGGUAAUGAAAUGUGCGUAAAAAAAAGUAUGUUUGUGAACUAUAAAGAAUUCACGCAAGUUGUAUGCCUUCAAUUUGGCUUCGAAACGUAAAGAAAAUACAGACUGGCAAAAUAAGGUUAUUUGUUGUUUUUCUUAGCGAAUUGAUGAAAUAAAAGAUCAAGAUUUGCACUUCAGCAAGUAAUCGACCAAUCAUCAUAUAACACCACGUCAUUUUCGUCUUCGUUCGUAUUUCUAUUAUCGCACAACAACGAUUUUUAUACAUUCAUUUAAUUUUCCCACCAUCCCCGCCCCCUUGAGAAGGAAAAUUGCAUGUGUCGGCUCCCAACCAUAUAGUAUGUGAAAGCCACCGUAAACUAAAGGUCCAGAGGGUGGUGACAGUGCCAACGUGCAGGCAAAUAACAACAAGCCAUGGAAGUAAAAUCAUUAAAUUAACACACAUGCAAACGACUAGCUAAUAACAACUGAUUGCAGAAGCGCUGAUUACGGCGACCGGCAUGGUGAUUUGAAUUGAUAAUUUAAAAAUAUCAACGCGCAUAAUUUUUCUGUACUGCAUGCUUGUGUUAGUGUUAAUUUGUUAACAAUAACGCGAACCGUGAAAAUAAAUAAGAUGAAAUUAAAUGAAAUUGAAAGCCAAAAUAAUAGCAGGGAGGAAGAAGCGCAAUAGAGCAUGAAAGUGUCAUAAUCCAAUUGGAAACUGAGUGUACUGGUGUCAACUUUUGAGUGGAUGAUUGAGAGGUUGAAUUAAUUGUUAGUAGUGCAUUAAGGAAAAUGAUUUUUGCAUUUGCUUAUAAAGUUUUUAAUUUAAAAAUCGAUUGAAAUAAGUUCAAAAUGAAAAAUAAAAAUCGAUAGUAUCGUGGCAUAAUUAACUGGUGCUGCUGUUAAUAAAUGCAUGCUAUUGUUCAUUAGUUCCGAACAGUGCAAGUAUGAGAAUACAAGUUUAUACGCAAUUAAAUUAAUAGUUAAGUUGCGUAAUAAAGAAAAAGGUACGCAUGUGUUUACUUUAUUGUGUAUAAAAGGUGUCUAAUAGGUAAUAGUAAUUGAAAGCAUUUAGGCCCUUCACAAGAAUUUGCAACAACAAAAAUGUACUACCAUUUCUCUAAAUAAACAAAAUUUCGCGCAAAACCCGACAGUGUCGUGUAAACAUCAGUCGCACGUUGAGUGAGUGAGUACAUAUGUCUUUAAAUAAAAAAAUAAGCAACACAUUUUGAGGCGUUACAUAUCUACCGCUUCGAUCAACUACCUACUUGUAGCCGUUUGCGCUGGCGAUGACGCAGGCCGGUUGACAAGCAAACAUACAUAGAAGUUAAAUAACGUACUAAUAUGCCAGCUGCUGACUCUUCCAAAGCAUUUGGUAAUUCGAGUUUAUACAAAUACACUACAAUACCAGCAACAAUGACCACAACAUCCGGCGGAAGCGGUAGUACCAGCAACCUUAGUGGGAGUUCAGCACACAAACAUAAUACCACACCGAACUCGUCUGGUCUUCCUGAUGCUGUUUCACAUUUCUACUAUAAACAUGGACUCUUCCUCUCCAGCUAUCCAACAUGUGCCACCAGCAUUGCCAUUAUGGCUAUUUUACUGUCGUGUUACCCCCUCAUCAAUGUACCGCUACCCGGCACAAUACCCACCAAAAUUAUGCUCCCCUUCGACGGUCGUUAUUCAUUAUUCGCGGAACAACCACAACAAAACGUCUCAUUGGUUAGGAAUUUCUUUAGUCCUCCAAUAACGAACAACAACUUCAGCUACGAUCCGCCAUUUCCAUGGGCAAAAAGUUCUCCUGUUUUUUACGUACAACAAAUAAUGUUACGCACUGGUGUGCUACCAUGGACCGAAGACAUGCAGCUAAUGGAUGCAUUUCGUGCACCACUUUACGAAGUCUUUAAAUUGUUGGAAAUUGUACGCAAUCACGAAAGCGCCGAGAAUAAACGCACAUUAGAUCAAUCUUGUUGGCAUGUGGAUAAUGUCAAACGUUCACGCGAUGAGAGAGUAUUAUUCCCCGAAUACAAUUGCUUGGUAUUGUCGCCGGCGAAUUUAUGGUCACAAGAUAUACAAAAUUUCACUAAAGAUUCUAAUUUAUUAAGUACUAUUUUUCAGUAUCAUAACAUUCAAAAAACCAAAGUCUCCAUAACCGAAAUGCUCUUUGGCGUACCAAUGCAAGAUACUGGUUUUAAGCGUUAUCCGCUCCGUUCACGUUCGCGUAUCAUACAAUAUGCCAUCACGCUGAUACUCAAACAAAAUGAUCAGGAGUAUUUGAGCUCCUUGAAGCAUAAACUUCUCCAAUACUAUCCGCCACUGUCACUCAAUCCAAUAAAUGCUGAUCAGCGAUCCUCACAAUCUGCAACAUCAUCACAGCCCACCGAUCGUAGUGAAAAAUCUUCCAUAACUUACAUUUUUUAUCCGGAUGAGUUUAAGAUGUGGGAAUUCCUGCCGCUGGUUGUUGCUUUUGUGCUGCUCUUCAUUUAUAUGUACUUCUCGGUGCGUAAAAUCGAAAUAAUUCGCUCGCGUCUGUUACUUGCAAUUUGUGCCGUUAUAACUGUACUAGGCAGCCUAACCAUGUCACUUGGUGUUUGUUCAUUUUUUGGCCUCACCAUCAGUUUGCAAUCGAAGGAUGUAUUUCCCUAUUUGGUAAUUCUGGUUGGACUCGAGAAUUGCUUAGUUAUAACAAAGAGCGUCGUUUAUACGCAAGAAACAUUCGAUGUGAAAAUCCGGGUUGCCAAAGCGCUCAGUAAAGAAGGUUGGCACAUUUCCAAGACAUUGCUGACGGAGAUUACCAUACUCACAAUCGGCUGUAUCACAAUGGUUCCAGUUAUACAAAAAUUCAGCAUUUUUGCCAUUAUCGGCUUACUUUCGGAUUUCAUGUUGCAAAUGCUGCUCUUCUCCACCAUACUCGCAAUGAAUAUCAAGCUACCCGAAUACACGACCGAAGCGAAGCAUUUGCCCAAAAUGAUGUUCAGAUGUACUAUGACAAACAACACGGCAACACCGCCACCCGGCGGUUUCGGCAUGCUGCUGAAUGGGCGUAAUGAUUAUCGUUUCUUUGACAAAAGCAUGUCUACAGCUUCGUUGGCGAAUGAGGCCACAUCUUUCCCCGCGACGAGUAAUGGUGGUUACGGCAUGUUUCACCGUUCACAAUCGCACCCAAAGCUCUCAUUUGCUGAUCUGAAUGUGCAUCCAGCCGAUUUAAACGCCAAGGUUGGUAUCUCAGCUAAUAAAGAUGGCCGCAUACCGAAACGUCUGCGUGUUGUUAAUUUCUGGGCGCGAACACGUUUCUUUCAGCGAGCCUUCAUGAUCUGGAUGAGUGUCUGGAUCUGUACGAUAGUUUACAAUUCAGGCUGUUUGGAAAAUCUAUUCGCCAUGGAAGGCAAUCGUUCAUCGUUUAGUAAUGAUGAGACGCAAGGAUUUGUCAAAACAAAUGAACAAAGCGCUGUCUCGAGCUUCUUUUCGAAUAUGCAGCAUGCAAUACAUGGUGGUGUGGCGCCUGCUGGACAGGACAGCGAUCGAAUAAAUAGUAAUGAUGCUAAUAUGGUAGGUCAGCGUGAUAGCCGCAUUCAUAAAGGCGAGAAUGCGGGAAGGCGUAAGAAAAGUGCAGGCACAACUGGCAAUGGACCCAUCAAUGAAACAGACGCCGAACUGCGUCGCCUACUCUACCCGGAUUUCGAAUUGAACUACUUCCUUUCCAAUUUUCAUUGGCGUGCCAUUAUGAAACAAUAUAAUAUUUCACUUAGUGGCCGCUAUGUUACUCUACUACCCACAAUCAAAUUAUCGCACGCCAUUAGCCCCGAGGCAAGCGUGCUUAUUCGCAACCCCGAUGAAAAGGUGGCGCAAAAUUUUCAAUGGAAAGCGCUGGCUGCUGCACUCGAUCCCAUUGAUUUCAGCGACGAUGAACGUCGUGAAUCGCCAAUGGUGUUUCCUGGCGGUACACCGCUCUACCCGAAAAGUCCCAUGGAAUUCUUCUUUGCCAUCUCCAUGUGCCUAAUCAGCAUUUUUGUACUCAGCUACACAAUGGUCGUCUUCUAUCGUUGCAUUUGUACGCGCAAUUAUGCCGAAUGGCGUUCCAGUUGGUAUGAAUCAUCGGAAAUACCACAAAAAACUGAGCAAAUACUCGAAGGUGUGCCAACGAAAAUUGUGGGUCACAAGCACACAGUCGAAUGUCUCAUAUCGGAUGGUUCACAUAUAAUCAGUUGUUGUCUGCGUGGCCAAAUUAAAGUGUGGGAUGCGCGGACCAGUGAGAAUUUGACGACAAUUAAUCGCGAGCAUAUGCAAAUAGAGACGAAGCGAGAGGGCGGACAGGUGGUCCUCGAGACAAUGCCGCAUUCGCCCAUCUGGUGUAUGAGCGCAUUUGACAAUCUUGUGGCGGUAGGGUGUGCGAAUGGACGUGUCGAACUAUGGGAGACGCCGGAGGGUGUGUUGAAGUGCAUUUCUUCUAUCGAAUUGAAGCGCAACCAGGGCGUUACUCACAUCCAUUUGAGUGGUGAUCGUGUUAUCGUAGCACGUUUAUGUGGGCGUUUGGAGUUCUUUCGGCUGGAAACUUACUGUAAAGGUCAACAAAUCGAUUGGAACUUCACUUCAGCUUACCGAAGAACACACAUACGCACCAGCUCAGCGGGCAGUAUUGGUCUAAUGCACCAUUCGCAACUGCCGUUGCAACAGCAAAAACACCGUUGUCUGCCCGGUCAAUCGCCGCCACCCUGCAAUAAAGAGGAAAUGAAAAUCACAUUGGAGGCAGUGCGUGCGGCGCACCAACAGCCCAUCACCCGCAUGGAGGUGUCCAAUGGCAUGGUCUUCACCGGUAGUCAGGAUCACACACUCAAAGUGUAUAGUCUGACAAAUGCCAACGUCGAAUAUUCACUACACGGUCAUUGCGGUCCCAUAACAUGCCUUUUCGUCGACCAUUGGCAACCGGGCACUGGUGGCUCUGGUUCCCAAGAUGGUAUGUUGUGCGUGUGGGAUUUAUUCACUGGCGCUUGCAUGUAUAACAUACAAGCGCAUAAUGGCGCCGUCACAGCGCUGGUGUGCGCACCCACAUACGUUAUAUCGUUGGGUGUUGAUGAGCGCAUUUGUGUGUGGGAACGAUUUCAGGGCAAUCUGUUGACCACAAUCAAUAUAUUGAACGCCUAUUCGAGUUUAUUGAUGUUGACGCCGUCGUUGCUGGUCACUUGCAAAAUGGGCUCUCUAAUCGUUUGGGAUGUACGCACUGGUGAACCAGCGCGCGAAGUUAAACUUGAUCAUGCGAAUUCAUUGCUCUGCCCGAAAACUUUAAUGCUAGCCGGCGACGCAGUUGUUUGUGAUUAUGGCAAUGAGUUGCGUGUCGUACGUUUUCCGAUAGUCUCGGAUAAGUACAGUUGAAUUCGCAUCGCACUGGCUGAGCAUCAAACUAACGAUAACAAUAAUUAAAGUGCGUCCACACAUAGUGAAGAUAGGAAGGAAAAAAAAAAAAAAAACAAAACCAAAAAAGUGAAAAAAUUAAUAAAAUAAAAAAAUUCUAUCUUAACUACUACGUACGUCCAUACCAAACCAUUCACCCGAAUGCCUGCAGUCUUAAAGGCUGUGACUAAAGCCUUGUGACGUCCAUCUCAGAUGGCAAACAAAAUAUAAUAUAAAAAUAAUUCGUGAAAUUUGCUUUUUACUGAAUUUAAACGCUUCUCACUAAUUUUUUAUAACAAAUAGAACUCGCGUAUAAACUACACAACAACAUACCUAUGUAAGCACAUACUCAUAUUUACCCAAAUAUGUAUGUACAAUAUAUAUUUUUGCAUACACAUACACACAUGCAUCGCAAAGCAGAUGCGGCAGAAAAACCAAUGUCCUAUAAAAGUAAGUGCACAUCCACACAUACAUACAUACACAUUUUUAUUACUCAAACAUGUCAUUGUUUUAAAAGGACCUUUUAUAGUUAAGAGUAAUUAGCUCUACGCUAACGUUAUAAACGUUAUUGCUUUCACUCUAUAUUGUAGUUCGUUAAUUAUUCCUUACAUUUCAAAACUAAGCCAAGCAGCAGUGCAUUUUUUUAUGUUUUGGAUUUAUCUCUUCCUCUUAUCUUCCCUUUUUAGCAUGCUUGGUUGCUUGCACUUCUCGCUCUUUGAUUGACUUGAGUAUGAACUCAACCUUCCACUUUUUAGAAAUUUUAAACAAAAAUCAACAUUGUGCCUACUUUUAAAAGAACUGACUUCCAUGCUUUAAUUAUAAGUUCCAUUAAACUGUCAAACUCGUCAUUUUUAUAACUUUUUAGUGUAGCUUAGUAUAUAAAAUUUAUAUAUAUUUGUUUUUGCCCACUGACCGGCGUUUUAGCUGUUUAUUUAAAUUACAAUUUUAUUUCUAGUACUAGGUGAAAUUUGGAAUUUAUAACAAGGAAAAAUCAAACAUGUUUCUUUAAAGGUUUUAGUUCUUUUAUUAAAUUAUAAUUAAACUCAUUGAAUAUGACAUUAAUAAAUAACAUGCAAUAAAACAUACAUAUUUUUAAAUAUUUUUGUGAUGCAUUAUUUAAUAUCAAAUGUGUAGAGGCUCGUUGAGAUAAUAAAUAACUUUUGCUGGUGCAUUUUUUUUCUUUACUUUCUUUCUUUAAGGGGUUACAUACGUCCAGCAGCGCCAAAAAUGCGCUAAAGGAAAAACUGUUUUUAGAAGGGAUAAAUAUAAAAAAUUGUAUACAUUGGUAAUUAGUACUUAAACUUU